AUGAUGCUCACAACCACGCUUCCCUUAUUCCCUCCGCCGGCUUCCUCCCUGCUCCCUGCACCACCCUCUCAUUCAUCGCUCGAACCCAGUCAACAGUCACCACACCCUCCCAACUAUGCCCGGCGGCACAAAUCCCAGGCCGCAAUGGCUCGCAACACGAAUCUGGCGAUACUGUCCAUGGACGAGAGAAACAUCGUGCAGCGAAAAAUGGCCAUAGCAAUGUACGGGUAUAGCUGGCUCAAGCCCGCCGGUUGCGCAAAGACGAUGCUGGGCAGACGUGAAGAGGAGCUCGAACGUGAAGAGGUGGAGAAGCAGCUUCGCGAGGUUGAGCUGCAAGAACGUCUAGCUUUGGAGGCCGAAGAGCAAGAGCGGCUGGCGGCUAGGGAUGCUCGCGGAGAAACCCAAGACGACAGAGAUCUGGAUGGGGACAUUCCCGAUGCAGAAGAAGAGGAUGACGAAGAUGAUGAUGGGGAGGAGGGUUGGGUUGAGGACGAAGAUAGUGAGGCCAUGAUGCACACGGGUUUUGACAUGGAGGGCGAUCUCGACGACGAAGUUCCUGAAGCUGAUGAUGGAGAGGACGACGAUGUUGAGAAUGAAAACGACGACGACGACGGAGACGAGGAGGCUCAGGACCAGAGCGAGCCAUGGGUGUACGAUUCCAGGAGAGAGCCAGACAGUGACGAGGACGGGCAGGGGGACAGUGGUCAACUUUCAAGUGCAAGACACGGCAGGCACCUGCAUGUCGCCGGUGUACGUGUACCGGUGCCGGGCAGUGAAUACGAAUACGACGAGCAAGAGGCUGAAGAUCUAGCUAAUGCGAUGCUCGAUGAAGAUGAGAUAUUUGAGGAUGAGCAGAAUAUGGGCAUGGAAGGUGAGAGAGAUCUUGACGACUUCGUGCCCGACGCAGACGAGGGUCAGUGGGAACAUACCGACACGGAGGCCGAAGAGAGCGAGAUGGACAUUUCCAUCCUGCCUGGACAAUUGGGGCAAUCAGGAGACAGGAUGGAUCUGGGACAGCCCACACAGAUGCAGAGGUCCAGAGGCGGGCCGUCACGGGCAUCUGCUGCUUCGCGGACUUCAGGCUCCUCCUGGAUUGCAUCUCCUCACACGCGAUCAAGAACGAGUAAUCCUCACAGACCAACACCCAGUACCAGGGGCGGAUUUCCUCGUGAGACUGCUGCCACUGGCGUCAUGUCAGGGAACCGACAUAGAGGAACCCAAGCCCAACUGCAAUCUGAAUACCUACAGACACCCGCGAUGUUGGACAGUCCUCUGGAUGGUGACGUCGAUACAAGGGACGAUGACCCCUUCGCGUCGACGGGGCCCAGAGUGCAUGUACGUCCGACAGUUCGCGGUGCCGACGCGAUGGAGACAGCUUCAGGUUCCGGACCUGAAAGACGACGAAACGGCGCUGGUGAUAGUCCUUCACGGGCCACAGCCGCGCGAGCCUGGCUUGAUGGUGCAGCCGCUGCAGUUGGUGGCAGCGCCAGGCGAACGUUGUUUGGUCGAGCAGCGAGAAGAGGGCUCACCUCUGCGGCGGCCACAACGGUCUCAGGUGCUGUUAGUUUGUCUAGUGGAGGAUUGUUCACACCGUCACCUGGCGUGUCAAGCCUCGGACAAGUCGGAGCCGAAUUGAGUACGCCUGUGAAUCAAAUUGGCGGCGGCCAGGACUCAGGCCAGGAACAAGCUCAAGCGCAGAGACGAAGUGGUCGCUUCUUGAAUUCGAGGAGAAGAGCCGGUCAAUGA